UUUUUACUGUUUUCUUGAUGGUUUGUCAGGUUAUUACCAAAUAGCAAUCGCGCCGGAGGACCAGGACAAGACGGCGUUCACAACCCCUUUUGGUACCUUUGCGUGGAAGAGGAUGCCUUUUGGGCUGUGCAAUGCACCGGGGACCUUCCAACGGUGCAUGAUGUCGAUCUUCGCAGAAAUGAUAGGUGAUUUUGUUGAAAUUUUCAUGGAUGACUUUUCCGUGUUUGGAAAUUCGUAUAGUGAUUGCUUGGGUAAAAUUAAUUUGGUUUUGAAAAGGUGUAUAGAGAGUGGGUUAACUCUUAGUUGGGAGAAGAGUCACUUCAUGGUGACUAGUGGCAUCGUUCUUGGCCACGUGGUGUCAAAAGAUGGUAUAGAGGUUGAUAGGGCUAAGGUGGAGGUGAUUGAAAAAUUACCCCCACCAAUUGAUGUAAAAGGCAUUAGGAGUUUUCUAGGUCAUGCCGAGUUUUACCGGCGUUUCAUUAAGGAUUUCUCUAAGAUUGCCCAACCUUUAUGUCGUCUGCUUGCUCAAGAGGUGGAUUUUGAUUUUAAUGAAACUUGUAUGCAUGCUUUUGAAUUGCUGAAGCUCAAGUUAAGCACUGCACCUGUUGUUGUUGCACCUGAUUGGUCUUUGCCUUUUGAGAUUAUGUGCGAUGCUUCAAACUCUGCUGUGGGGGCCGUUCUUGGUCAACGUGUUGACAAAAUGUUGCGUGUGAUUUACUAUGCUAGGGAAUUAAGACCCGAUCUAACAUCCCAAGAGAGGAAAAGGUUUUUGGCUACUUGCAGGCAAUACUAUUGGGAAGAUCCCUACCUUUUCAAGUUGGGGAAGGAUGAGGUGAUCCGGAGAUGCAUCCCGGAUGUGGAGGCUUGUGACCGGUGUCAAAGAGUGGGGACAAUUGGGCGCAGGAAUGAAAUGCCCCUCACGAGCAUUCUUGUUGUGGAGAUUUUUGAUGUGUGGGGCAUAGAUUUCAUGGGCCCCUUCCCCAUGUCUUACGGUUAUGAAUAUAUCUUGCUUGCCGUUGAUUAUGUGUCCAAGUGGGUUGAGGCCAUCCCCACAAGGACAUGUGAUGCUAAUGUCGUCUUGAAGUUUGUGCAGGAAAACAUAUUAUGUAGGUUUGAAUUUCCCAAGGCCAUAAUCAGUGAUGGAGGCAAACACUUCUGCAACAAGCUUUUUGAGAAGCUUAUGAGGAAAAACGGCAUUACUCACAAAGUGGCCACACCUUAUCAUCCUCAGACCUCGGGCCAAGCCGAAACUAGUAAUCGGCAAAUCAAGGGCAUACUGGAAAAGACGGUCCAACCUUCCCGGAAGGAUUGGUCUCUUAAGCUCAAUGAUGCCUUGUGGGCGUAUCGCACCGCCUUCAAAGGAGUCCUGGGAAUGAGCCCCUACCGCCUUGUCUACGGUAAAGCAUGCCACUUACCGGUGGAGGUUGAGCACCGAGCUUAUUGGGCAAUCAAGGCCACCAAUUGCGACAUUACCACCGCGGGGAAGCAAAGAGCCUUGCAAAUGGAAGAACUCGAUGAAUUGCGCAACGAGGCGUACGAGAAUGCAAGGAUCUACAAAGACAAAGUCAAGAGGUUGCACGAUAGCCGUAUUGUCCCCAAGAAUCUCCAACCUGGAAUGAAGGUGCUUUUGUUCAACUCAAGGUUGAAACUCUUCCCGGGCAAGCUCAAGUCUCGUUGGAGUGGCCCUUUCAUUCUUAAGGAGAUUCUCCCUCAUGGUGCUGUGAUCUUAAGCAAGGAGAACAACGAAGAGACGUUUACCGUCAAUGGGCAUAGAGUGAAGCCCUACUUGGAGCAUGAAGUGGUUGCCGCCGUAGUGGAGUCCCAAGCACUCCACGACCCUUUCCGCCCACCCACCCCCUCUCACACCUUUCUCCCUCGCCACCACACCACCACCAAUUCCACCCAUCCUCACCGCCCGCAAUCCACCUCCGACCACCACCACAGACACCACCCCCCAUCACCUCCGACCACCACCACAGACACCACCCUACUUUUCCCCCACCGCCCACCGAACUCCACCACCUCUCAACAACUCCCGGCCUCCCUCCCAACCGCCGCUAAAGACUUCACCAUCAUUCCACAGGCCAAACGCCACAAUGUCCGUUCCAUUUUGCAGCAGCUCCAACGGGGCGAGGGCACGUCAUCUUCGGCGCGCCAGGUCAUUGACGACAAUGAUGAGGACAAUGAUGAGGAGGAGUACGACGAACCUGCGCCACCACCUGCUUUCGUCUAUGAUCCUGAGGCGGGCCCCUCCGAUGCCUUUCAGCAGUUUCAGGCCCAUUUUGACGAGUCCUUCGGCCAGUUCCGCCAGGAGGUCUCCUCCCGUUUUGAUUCAGUGGAGGACUCGGUGGGCGGCAUCUAUGCUCGGAUCGACGACAUUUAUGGUCAUCUGGACCAUCUUGGUGGCUACGUCACGCCCAUGCAUGCACAGUUGGGCGACGUCUACGGCAGGGUGAACACCAUUGGCGGAGAGGUCACGCGUUUGCGUGAACAGGUGUCGUCUUUUGAUGCUCGGUUUGCCCAAUACAAUCAGGGCCUCACCGAUACCAACCAGGGCCUCACUGACACGAACUACUACCUCGCCGACCUUGAGCGACAGUGGGCCGCCUUCUCUUUGCAGAACCAGGACCAGUUCCGGCACCCCCCGGGCCCCCCUCGGGGCCCCUACUGA